AUGGAAACACUAAGACAAAUACAAAAUUUUGGCAUCUGUGUUACCUGUACGUAUCCUAUAGCAUCUGGUAUGGUGUUUGCCACUCUUCUAGUUUCUUGCUGCUCAUCUCUGAACAUAAGAGCUCGUCCACUUGUUUCUAAUUCACCUUUCCUUUCUAUCUGGAAUGCUCCUACAGAACUUUGUACUGAAAGGACUGGAGUGCAGCUGGACAUGACAUUUUUUUCUCUCAUUGGAAGCACACUGAAGACAUCCAUUGGGCAAAACAUCACUCUUUUCUAUCCAGACAGGCUUGGCUACUAUCCUUACAAAAAUGAAGUCACAGGAGAGGCGUUCAAUGGAGGACUCCCUCAACUCUCACUGCUGGAGAAUCAUUUAAAAAAAGCCAAAGAGGACAUCCAGUUCUAUAUUCCUUCAGAUGAACAGUUUGGAUUGGCUGUCAUUGACUGGGAAAACUGGAGACCUGUGUGGAUAAGGAACUGGGGAUCAAAAGACAUUUACAGACAGGAAUCCAUUGAACUUGUUCAGCAGAGAGACCUCAGUCUGUCAGAAGCCGAAGCCAGAACUAUAGCUAAAAUGGAAUUUGAAGCUGCAGCAAAAUCAAUUAUGUUGGAAUCUUUAAAGCUGGGCAUAGAAAUGAAGCCAAAUCGUCUGUGGGGAUAUUACCUUUAUCCAGACUGUUAUAACUAUGAUUACAAACAAAACCCACAUAAUUAUACAGGAACCUGUUUAGAUAUUGAAAUAGAAAGAAAUAAUGAGCUUAAUUGGUUGUGGGAGAAAAGCACAGCACUUUAUCCAUCUGUCUAUCUAGAGACAGCCUUAAGAUCUUCCAGAAAUGCCCAGCUCUUUGUUCGCAACAGAGUUCAAGAAGCCAUUAGAAUUUCAUAUGUCUCUAAUUCUACUCAUCCCCUUCCAGUUUUUGUAUAUACACGUCCAGUAUUCACAGAUGUGUAUGAGGAAUAUCUCUCCCAGGAUGACCUGGUAAAUACCAUUGGAGAAUCUGCUGCACUGGGUGCUUCUGGAAUUGUGAUCUGGGGUGAUAUGAAUUUAACACAAAAUAAGAACACCUGUAGAACUCUGGACAACUACCUUAGGAGGACUUUGACCCCAUACCUCAUCAAUGUCACAAUGGCAGCCAGAAUCUGUAGCCAAGUGUUAUGCCAAGACUCUGGUGCUUGCGCACGGAAAAAAUGGAAUUCCAGUGACUAUCUUCACUUGAACCCUGAGAAUAUUGUCAUUCAAAUGACAAAGGAUGGAAAAUACACUCUACAAGGGCAACCAGCAUUUCAGGAUCUGCAAACGUUCACAGAGAAUUUUGAUUGCCACUGUUAUGCAGGGCACAGCUGUGAACCUAGAGCUGAUAUAAAUGACAUCCAUUACCUCCAUGCUUGCAUUUCAGAAGAUAUUUGCAUUCAGAUAUCCUCAAAUUCACUUUCUAAUACAGAAGCCUCUGAAGAAAAGAUCCUGUCUAACAGAACUGUAUUUUCAUUUACCUCUCAGAGUAAGGUGACAUUAUCUACACAUCCUGAAAUAGAAGAUUUCCAAUCUACCUUUGGAAAUAACACACUCAAUACAACAACUGCAGAAUAUAACACUGUCACAGCUGCCACUAGGUAUGAUUUAGAAGCAAAUGAUACUCGUACUUUCAGUAGUUCUUCAUCCUGUAAGAUGAAGAUGUUUAAUCUGUUUUGUUUAAUUCUAAUUUUGAGGACUUUAACGUAA